CACGGCUUUUGAUGUGUCGCAAAGCGCUUCUUUUUUUGGCACGAGGCAUCUGAGAUGUUUUUGAAGUAUUAAUAUCAGUAAAGUAGUCAGGAGAAGCCCUGUAGUGUAGGUUAUGACUCCAGUACACUCAUUAGAGCGCAGUGGCCUUCUCACAUUAGGCUGCAUGCGGAGAGAUUUUCUGCUCUAGUGUUCGGGACAGUGAGAGGAUGUCAGUGGGUGAAGUUCAGGUUACCCAGGCAUGGCUGCGUUCUCAAUGGCACAUCCAGGUCCCUCACACUUGGCUGGACGCUUGCGUGAACUGGAUAAAGGAGGAAGCGGUUAGCGCAUCCGUGCCUCAGUCGCUGCUCAAUCAGCGCAUCCUGGAACAAUGGCUAGUGUCUGACCUGCGAGAUCUGUCCCACCCGGUGCUCCCCAAAAGAAUAUCCGAGGCACAGAAAACAGAACUAAACAGCUGUUACUGUCUUCAGAUGGACUCCCUGCUAGACGUCAACCAGCCUGCCUACACUCAGCUGCAGCGUAUUCGGGGCACCAACUGCUCCAAUGAUCAAGUCUCGGCGGUUACGCUGGAAACGCAGCGGCCGUGGGAGGCCAAGCCCACACGUAUGUUGAUGUUGCAGCUCAUGGAUGGAGUGCAGAGUCUGGAGGGUAUGGAAUACCGGCCUAUCCCGGCUUUAAGCACCAACCUGCCACCCGGGACGAAGCUACAGCUAGUCGGUCCAAUCGGCGUCUGUCUCGGGGUGUUGCUCUUGAAAGCGGAGAACGUGAAGGUGUUGGGUGGGGAGGUGGAACAGCUCUUGGAGAUUUACUCUCAGAGCAGAGUGCUUUGCGGGACACUCGGUUUGCCUGAGGAGAACCAUCCACAAGGCGAGGAACCGGAUGACCAGGAGCUCCUGGCCAGCGUAGGGGCUCCAGUAGAUCAUCAGGUAGCUGACAGCGGCUACAACAGCAUGGCUUCAGAAACUUCCUUCAGACCAUAUCAGUCGCAACCCCGUCCUCAAGCGACGCCCGUUUCCAGAGAAGACGACUGGGAUAUGGAUGAAAUUCCAGAUGACGACUUCAGAGGUAUUCCAGAUUAUUUUGAUGAUGUUCCACAAAAUGUGGUGGACGAGGACUUUGAUGACAUCCCUUUAGAGGAGCUGGACAGUGUGAUGCUGGACAACCCGAUAGAUUCAGAAGUCAUGCCAAGCAGGCGGGAACACUCUGAAAUCAAGCACCCUGAUGUAAUCCAGCCCAAUACCGAAGAACCAAGCCUUCUAAGUUUUCGCUCCACGUUUCGCUCUAGAAAUCUGCUUAGCAACACCAACCAAAGCAGAACCUUAAAUGAAGUUCCUCACACAUCUGUUACAAGUUCCUCUACACAAACAGCUGGAUCUUCUGGUUGCGAACGAGAUGCGCCUACACCACCGUACCUCUGCAUGCUACAGGCUGGCCACUGGCCGCCCGCCAAAGUUCAGGUUUUACGACUACAAGCUUUCAUCGUGACGCUAGUAGGAAAUUUGCGCAGUAGUAGGGGCGUGUGGCAACUCGGGGCCACCAUCUCUGACGGAACCGGGUACUUGGAUGUGGAUCUGUCCGACGCCAUGCUCACCAAACUCAUCGGCUACACGGCAGCAGAGGCUCGAGUGCUGCGGAAAGACCCGGCGAGACGCGGUGAGGUGGACAGCGGGAUUCAGCUCACUUCUAGGCAGAGCGAGGCAUACGGAGACAAGAAGAGGAGCACGGACGCUUCACGCAGACAGACGCGCGAGACAAGGUCGGCGGUGCGUUACGAGCCGUUCUGCGACGCUCCAGACGCGCGUGUUCUGCGCUCUCUCCACGGGUUGGAUUCCAGGGGUCUUAAAUCUGGAGGCGGGGACCCGGGGAUGAGCCUGCUGUCGGGGGGCUUCGGCAUGGCGGGCUGGGGGUCCUGUUGGGUUCUGAUGCUGCUCGCGCUCUGGAGGCCCGGUGCCGCUUGUCCGGAGCUCUGCACGUGCACUGGCGUGCGGAUCUCGUGCGUGGAUGCGGAGCGCAGCAUUAUGGCUUUUCCCAUGCUGCAGUCCGAGGCAGAGAUGGAGAAUAUCACAGAGAUGUAA